AUGGCUAGUUUGUUGGCUGGUAAAUCAGAGUGUGAAUGGUCAAUGGUCUACAACUCUAUUGGUCUGGACACUGGAGGCAAUAGGGAAGCUGAAGAUACUAUGACAAUACUCUCAUUUAGGUACUAUGAUCUCCCUCCAGAUUUGAGGACAUGCUUACUAUAUCUAAGUACAUACCCACAAGACUACGAGAUCGAAAAGGAUUCUUUGAUAUGGAAAAGGAUAGCCGAAGGAUUUAUCAAUCCAGAUCGAGGAAAAACAUUAUUUGAGCUUGGAGAAAGAUACUUCAAUGAUCUCAUUAAUAGAAGCUUGCUGAUCCAGGUGGUGGAGGCAAGGGAUAGAAGAGUAUCAGGCUGUCGUAUUCAUGAUAUGGUUCUUGAUAUGAUUCGUCAGCUUGCAUUUGAAGAAAACUUUAUUGCUCUGUUAGGUGAUAAUAUUGAAGCAACAGCUGGACGAAGCAGCAACGUUCCCAGGCAUGGGCGCGGCCACCCGGCCGCUGCAGGCGCACGCGGGCUUAGUCGGCAGCCAACGUCCCUGGAGCCACAGAUCCGGCCGCGGCCACUACAUGCUGGCGCGGGACGCGGGCACGGUCCCGUCGGCCAUGAGCCAGGCGCGGCUACUUCAUGCCUCCAACUAGACGCCUUGUCACCACCAACCAUCAGACUUAUUUGCUGCUAUGAAUCCACUACACUCAGAUCUGAAACAAGCAAGGGUAGAAGCAUGAGUGUGGUGACGGGGGCGCUGGAAAGCCUCGCCCCCAAGCUUGCGAAGCUGCUCCAUGACGAGUAUAAGCUCCAGAAGGGCGUGAAGAAGCAAGUUGAGUCGCUCUCCCACGAGCUGUACAACAUCUACGCUUUCCUCCACAAGGUCUCGGAUGUGCCAUGGGACCAGCUCGACGAGCAGGUCAAGUUGUGGGCACGCGAGGUGAGGGAGGCAUCCUACGACAUGGAGGAUGUCCUCGACACCUUCCUCGUUCGCGUCGACGGCGGCAAGAACAACUCCGACUCCAGCAGCCUCAAACUUGCCAUGACGAAGCUGGGUGAGCUGUUCAGCAAGGCCAAGGCUCGCCGUGAUAUUGCAGCAAAGAUCAAGGACAUAACAAAGCGUCUCGAGGAGGUGGCCAACAAUCGUCAGAAGUACAAACUUGAUAAGAUUAUGUGCAAGCCACUCGCAGCAACGUCAACUAUUGAUCCUCGCCUUAAAGCUAUGUACAAAGAAGUGACACAACUUAUUGGCGUCGACAACUCAAGCGACGAGCUCAUGUCUAUGCUGAAUCAAUCCCAACAGGAUCAUGAUGCCUCCAAUAAGAAGAUGAAGAUGGUUUCAGUUGUAGGAGUUGGAGGAUUGGGUAAAACCACUCUUGUCAAAGCGGUGUAUGACAAGCUUAAGUCGCAGUACGACUGCGGGGCAUUCGUUUCAAUCGGUCGGGAUCAUGACUUGGUAAAAGUUUUCAAGGAUAUUCUCUUUCAUCUUGACAGUGAAAACCAUAAGGACAUUCACAACACUAAGACAGGCGUCGAGCUCCUCAUUCACCAACUCCGAGAAUUCCUGAAGAAAAAGAGGUAUUUUAUUGUUAUUGAUGAUGUAUGGAAGGUACGCACCUGGGAAGCAAUCGAACUAGCACUUGUUGAGAAUAAUCGUGGAAGUAAAGUAAUCACAACUACUCGAAAUGUUGAUGUUGCCAAAGCAUCUGGUGAGGUUUACAAGCUGAAACAACUUUCCUAUGAUGACUCCAUGAAAUUAUUUUAUACAAGGUUAUCUAGAGCAGACCGAAAGUUCCUUGAUAACCAUCCAGAUGACAUUUCUGAGAAAAUUCUAAAGAAAUGUGCUGGUAUACCAUUAGCAAUCAUCACAAUGGCUAGUUUGUUGGCUGGUAAACCAGAAUGCGAAUGGUCAAUGGUCUACAACUCUAUUGGUUUUCAUACCACAGAUAACAGGGAAGCUGAAGAUACUAUGACAAUACUUUCAUUUAGCUACUAUGAUCUGCCUCGACAUUUGAGGACAUGCUUGCUAUAUCUAAGUACAUAUCCAGAAGAUUAUUUGAUCGGAAAGGAUUGUUUGAUAUGGAAGUGGAUAGCUGAAGGAUUUAUUGAUGGGAAACAGGGAACAAGAUUAUUUGAGCUUGGAGAAAGAUACUUCAAUGAUCUCAUUAAUAGAAGCUUGAUCCAGCCUGUGGAGAGCAAGUGGAAUGGCAGAGUAGACAGCUGUCGUGUUCAUGAUACGGUUCUUGAUCUGAUGCGUAAGCUUUCAUCUAUUGAAAACUUUAUUGCUAUAUUAGGUGACAAUGUUGAAGGAGCACCUGCACCAAGCAGUGUCCGUCGGUUAGCCAACCAAAACAGAAUAGCCGAGCACGUUAAUUCUGAAGCAAUGGUUACUGGGAUGCCAAAAGUGAGGUCAUAUAUCGCAUUCAGGUGUUUUAUUGAUAGUCAGGACCAGUUUUUGAGAUUUAAACUUUUGCGCCUGCUAGACAUAGUAAACUGCAGCUUUGAGAAAGGUUGCCACCUUGAGCAUCUUGGUGAUUUACUUCACUUGAGGUACCUUAGGAUAAGUGUCAUCGGUAGUUCCCUUGAGCUCCCCAUACAACUAGGGAAUCUAAAGUUACUGCAAACACUCGAUGUGCAGGGAACAUUGCCAGCAAGCAUUGUGCACCUAACAGAGCUGGUCCGGCUAUGUGCUUACAAAGAGGUACCGGAUGGGAUUGGGAAGCUGGUUUCCCUGGAGGAGCUAAUAAUAGGAUAUGGUUGCAGUGAUAAGCCCAAUAGAUUUUUAAAGGAGCUUGCCAGCCUGCGAGAACUAAGGGUGCUUGAAUUUUCCACUCAUGAUGGGACGGACGAGAGCAUGCAGAGAGAUUUCGUGGAGUCUCUAAGCAGUAUGCAAAAGCUCCAGUAUAUACGAGUGUGCGCUUCAUGUUCACUUUUGCACGCAGAUACAGCCAUGUGGGAAGCAGCAGGCUUUGUGCUCCCAGAACCUCUCCAUUAUUUGGGAUUGGAGGCAAUGAGAUUGUCCAAAUUGCCGUCAUGCAUUAAUCCCACACGUCUUCCCAACCUAGCCCACUUAGAGCUGUUUGUGAUUACUAUGGAUGAGCAGGAUCUGAAACUCCUUGCUAGGUUACCGGCGCUCUGUUCUCUCUACCUGAAAACAGAGUCCACGGUAACAGCAAGCAAUAUUAACGCCGGUGAUUGCAGCUUCUUCGAGAAGUUGACGCACUUCAUUACCAAUGCAAUGGUGCAGUUUGAGCAGGCCAACGAGGAGGACACUAGCGUUUCAUUGCAUAUGUGGAAUGGAGAGGAUGCUAUGCCCUUUGCCUCUAGAAAAAGCAAUGACUCCAGAAAAGUUGUACCCUCUGGCGUGAUGCCAAAUCUUGAAAUGCUUUGUUUUGAUGUCUGUUUGUGGACCCUAAAAGGUAACUACAGUGACUACUGUGGGAAUAUUGGCUUGGAGUACCUGCCUUCCCUUCAGAAACUCGGAGGGAAGAUCGACUGUAAAGAUGUGGAUGAUGUGGAGAGCUAUGAUGCGUUUCUUGCACUGAGAGAAGCAUGCAACGUCCAUCCCAACCAUCCCACGUUUGAUAUAUCGUAUUAA